GGGCCCCAGGGCCCUGGCCAGCCUCGGCCUAGGCGGAUCACGGCGCCAUUUCCCGUCCAAAGCUGGGCGCGUCAGGGAUUCCGGUUCACAAUGGAUGCUGAUCAAGAGAAAGAUUUGCAGAAAUUUCUUAAAAAUGUGGAUGAAAUCACCAAUUUAAUUCAGGAGAUGAAUUCUGAUGACCCAGUUGUGCAACAGAAAGCUGUCCUGGAGACAGAAAAGAGACUACUGCUUGUGGAGGAAGACCAGGAGGAGGAUGACUGCAGGACCACCUUGAACAAGACUAUGAUCAGUCCUCCACAAACUACUAUGAAGAGUACAGAAGAAAUAGACUCAGAGGCCUUCUUGGCAUCUGUGGAGAAGGAUGCAAAGGAACGAGCCAAGAGAAGGAGGGAAAACAAAGUCUUAGCAGACGCCCUAAAAGAAAAGGGGAACGAAGCGUUUGCUAAAGGCGAUUAUGAAACAGCCAUCCUGCGCUACAGUGAGGGUUUGGAGAAGCUGAAGGACAUGAAAGUGCUGUACACCAACCGAGCCCAGGCUUAUAUGAAACUUGAGGACUAUGAGAAGGCACUGGUGGAUUGUGAAUGGGCUCUCAAGUGUGAUGAAAAAUGCACAAAAGCAUAUUUCCACAUGGGAAAAGCCAACCUGGCCCUGAAGAACUACAGUGUGUCUAGAGAGUGUUAUAAGAAGAUCUUAGAAAUAAACCCGAAGCUGCAAACCCAGGUGAAAGAUUACCUGAAUCAAGUAGAUCUUCAGGAAAAAGCAGACCAUCAAGAGAAGGAAGCCCACAAACUGCUGGAUUCAGGAAAGAACACAGCCGUGACCACCAAGAACCUCCUGGAGACCCUUUCCAAGCCUGACCAGAUCCCCUUGUUCUAUGCCGGGGGGAUUGAGAUCCUGACUGAAAUUAUAAAGGAGUGCACAGAACAAACUUUAUUCAGAAUACACAAUGGAUUUAGUAUCAUCAGUGACAACGAGGUCAUAAGAAGGUGUUUUUCCACAGCAGGAAAAGAUGCAGCUGAAGAGACGGUCUGUGUGUCUGUUCUCAAGCUCUGGCAAACAGUGUGCAGUGGGAACGAGGAAAACCAGCGUGUGCUAGUGAUGGACCGUGACAGGGCUAGGCUGCUGGCCGCCCUCUUGUCCUCCAGGGUCCUGGCCAUCCGGCAGCAGAGCCUGGCCCUGUUGCUGCAGCUCGCCCAGACUGAGAGCGGACGGAGCCUCAUCAUCAGCCACCUUGACCUGACCAGGUUACCCUGUUGGGAUGUUGUUAGUUGGAGGACAGCUACCUCUGAGGUUAUUAUGGGUUUUUGCAGAUUGUUGGAAGCCCUGGUGUCAUUUCUUGAUUUCUCGGAUAAGGAGGCUGACACUGCUAUGGGACUGUUCACAGACUUGGCUCUGGAAGAAAGAUUCCAAGUCUGGUACCAGGCCAACCUUCCAGGUGUUCUCCCUGCACUCACAGGCGUUCUGAAGAGAGAUCCCAAGGUAAGCAGCUCCUCGGCUCUGUGCCAGUGCAUUGCCAUCAUGGGAAACCUCAGUGCUGAGCCUGCCACCCGAAGACACAUGACAGCCUGUGAGGAAUUUGGGGAUGGCUGCUUGAGCCUCAUGGCCAGGUGUGAGGAGGAUGUGGACCUGUUCAGAGAGGUUAUCUACACACUCCUGGGACUCCUGAUGAACCUGUGUCUUCAGUCUCCCUUUGUCUCUGAGGUUUGGGCCGUGGAGGUGAGCAGAAGGUGCCUAUCUCUACUAAACAGCCAGGAUGGAGGAAUCCUGACAAGAGCUGCUGGUGUUCUGAGCCGGACCCUUUCUUCCUCUCUGAAAAUUGUUGAGGAGGCCUUGCGAGCAGGAGUGAUAAAGAAAAUGAUUAAAUUCCUGAAGACAGGAGGCGAGACUGCGUCACGUUAUGCUGUAAAGAUACUAGCCAUCUGCACGAAUAGUUAUCAUGAAGCUCGGGAAGAAGUAGUAAGACUGGAUAACAAGUUGAGCAUUAUGAUGAAGCUACUCAGCUCGGAGGAUGAGGUUCUGGUGGGCAAUGCUGCCCUCUGCCUUGGUAACUGCAUGGAGGUGCCCAACGUUGCAUCUUCCCUGCUAAAGACGGACCUCGUGCAGGUCUUGUUAAGGCUCGCAGGCAGUGACACGCAGAAGACAGCUGUGCAGGUGAACGCAGGCAUUGCUCUGGGGAAGCUGUGCACAGCUGAGCCCAGGUUUGCUGCUCAACUAAGAAAGCUUCAUGGCCUAGAAAUUCUCAGCUCCACGGUGAAAUACAUCAGUGAUUCUUGAGAGAUAUGGUGUCUGUGUGCACUUGGGGAACACACAAACACACACACUGAGUUGUUCUUAUGCUAAUAAAGACCUCUGAAAUAUCCGCU